UAUUCUCUCCAACGCAGUUGCUCCUCCCGCUGCUGCCUUUGCGCUCCCGCCUCUGCUAGGAGCAAGCAGGCAGGCCCUGCUGCCGCUCCUGCAGUGCGGACUCCAGGGGCUCCGGAGGACAGCGCCGGCUGGUGGGCAGAAGGGUUGUGGCUGUCAGGGGUUGCAUUGCCCCUCCAUCAUCAUCCUCUGCCUUCUUCUGAACCCGAUUUGGGAUUUCUACUCUGGGAGAAUUCUGCACACUUCCCACCAUGAUCCUGGAGUGCUUGGGAGGGCCUGGCGCCCCGCAGGCCUUGACUGGCUGAACUUUGAGAGCACCGGCUGCUGUCUGCUGGCCCAGGGGACCCAGCAUGGAGGGAAUAGCCCCGAAGAGGCCUAAGGGCGCUCCAUAAGGACCCCCACACCAGGAAGUGGGCUGGAGCUACACCAUGCCUCCACUGCCGCUGGAGCGCGGCCCCCGGCAGCAGCCCGGCGCCUCCCUGCUGGUUCGGUACUUCAUGAUUCCCUGCAACAUCUGCCUGAUCCUGUUGGCUACCUCCACACUGGGCUUUGCUGUGCUGCUCUUUCUCAGCAACUACAAACCUGGAACCUACUUCACACCAGCACCUCCGACGCCCCCUGAUGUGUGCAGAGGAAUGUUGUGUGGCUUUGGUGCUGUGUGUGAGCCCAGUGCUGAGGACCCAGGCCAGGCAUCCUGUGUGUGCAAGAAAAGUGCGUGCCCUGCUCUGGUGGCUCCAGUGUGUGGGUCAGAUGCCUCCACCUACAGCAACGAGUGCGAGCUGCAGAGGGCGCAGUGCAGCCAACAGCGGCGCAUCCGUCUGAUCCGUCGGGGGCCGUGUGGGUCCCGAGAUCCUUGUGACAAUGUGACCUGCAGCUUCGGCAGCACCUGUGUGCGCUCAGCUGAUGGUCAGACUGCCUCAUGCUUGUGUCCUACAAAUUGUCCCGGGACCCCAGAGGGUACUGUGUGUGGCAGUGAUGGUGUUGACUAUCCCAGUGAAUGCCAGCUGCUUCAUCAUGCCUGUGCCCACCAGAAACACAUCUUCAGGAAGUUUGAUGGCCCUUGUGACCCUUGCCAGGGUGCCCUCUCAGACCUGAACCAUAUCUGCCGUGUGAACCCACGUACACGUAGUCCAGAGAUGCUCCUGCGGCCAGAGAACUGCCCUUCCCGGCAUGCUCCUGUGUGUGGUGAUGAUGGUGUCACCUAUGAAAAUGACUGCAUCAUGGGCCGUACUGGGGCCGCACGUGGUCUACUUAUCCAGAAAGUGCGUUCCGGCCAGUGCCAGGCUCGAGACCAGUGCCCAGAAGUCUGCCGGUUCAAUUCUGUGUGCCUGUCCCGCCGUGGCCGUCCCCACUGCUCCUGUGACCGUGUCACCUGUGACGGAGCUUACAGGCCUGUGUGCGCCCAGGGUGGGCACACAUAUGAUAAUGACUGUUGGCGCCAGCAGGCUGAAUGUCGGCAGCAACGUGCCAUACCCCCCAAGCACCAGGGCCCGUGUGAUCAGGCCCCAUCUCCAUGCCUUGGGGUGCAGUGUGCAUUUGGGGCAGUGUGCACCGUGAAGAAUGGGAAAGCCGUGUGUGAGUGCCAGCAGGUGUGCUCAGGUGUCUACGAUCCUGUGUGUGGCAGUGAUGACAUCACGUAUGGCAGUGUGUGCGAACUGGAAUCCAUGGCCUGUGCUCUUGGGCGAGAGAUCCAGGUGGCCCGCAGAGGACCCUGUGACCGAUGUGGAGAGUGCCGCUUUGGAGCGCUGUGUGAGGUGGAGACCGGGCGCUGCGUCUGCCCUUCUGAAUGUGUGGCCUUAAACCAGCCUGUGUGUGGUUCUGAUGGGCACACCUAUGCCAGCGAGUGUGAGCUGCAUGUCCACGCCUGCACACACCAGAUCAAUCUGCAUGUGGCCUCGGCUGGACACUGCCAGACCUGUGGAAACACAAUGUGUGCCUUCGGUGCUGUAUGCUCAUCUGGACAGUGUGUAUGCCCUCGGUGCGAGCGUCCUCCACCCGGCCCUGUGUGCGGCAGCGACGGUGUCACCUACCGCAGUGCCUGUGAGCUGCGGGAAGCUGCCUGCCAACUGCAGAUGCAAAUUGAGGAGGCCAGGGCAGGGCCCUGUGAGCAGGCGGAGUGUGGCUCGGGAGGCUCUGGCUCUGGCGAGGACAGCGAGUGUGAGCAGGAACUCUGCCGGCAGCGUGGUGGCGUCUGGGACGAAGACUCGGAAGAUGGACCGUGUGUCUGUGACUUUAGCUGCCAGAGUGUCCCAAGGAGCCCGGUGUGCGGCUCAGAUGGGGUCACCUAUGGCACCGAGUGUGACCUGAAGAAGGCCAGGUGUGAAUCACAACGAGAACUCUACGUUGCUGCUCAGGGAGCCUGCCGCGGCCCUACCUUGGCUCCACUGCUGCCCGUGGUCCUCCCACACUGUGCCGAAACCCCCUAUGGUUGCUGCCAGGACAAUGUCACUGCUGCCCAGGGUGUGGGCCUAGCUGGCUGUCCCAACACCUGCCAGUGCAACCCUCAUGGCUCCUACAGUGGCACCUGUGACCCAGCCACAAGCCAGUGCUCCUGUCGACCAGGUGUGGGAGGCCUCAAGUGUGACCGCUGUGAGCCUGGCUUCUGGAACUUUCGAGGCAUUGUCACUGAUGGCCGAAGUGGCUGCACUCCCUGCAGCUGUGACCCCCAGGGUGCUGUGAGGGAUGACUGUGAGCAGAUGACUGGACUGUGUUCCUGUAGGCCUGGAGUGGCUGGUCCCAAGUGCGGGCAGUGUCCAGAUGGUCAAACGCUGGGCCCUGCUGGCUGUGAAGCAGAUUCCUUGACACCUGUGACCUGUGUGGAGAUGCACUGUGAGUUUGGCGCCUCCUGUGUGGAGGAGGCUGGUUUUGCCCACUGUGUCUGCCCAGCUCUCUCAUGUGCAGAGGCCAAUGCCACUAAGGUCUGUGGAUCAGAUGGCAUCACGUAUGGCAAUGAGUGCCAGCUGAAGACCAUUGCCUGCCGCCAGGGCCUGGACAUCUCUAUUCAGAGUCUCGGCCCAUGCCAGGAGGCUGUUGCUCCCAGAGCUUCUCCACCAUCUGCAUCUGCGACCACCCCAGAGCAGCUCCUGAGCAAAGCACUGCCCCCCUCCCCCAGCGCCCUCCCCCUGGCUCCCAGCAGCACCUCCCGUAGCAGACCCACCCCUCUACCUACAUCACGACCCCGGACCACAGCCAGCGUCCCCAGGACCACCGCCUGGCCUGUGUUGACUGUGCCCCCCACAGCACCCUCUGCUGUAACCAGCCUCGCUACGUCAGUCUUCAGCGAAUCUGGCAGCGCCGAUGGGAGUGGCGAUGAGGAGCUGAGCGGGGACCAGGAGGCCAGUGGGGGCGGGUCUGGGGGACUCAAGACCCCCACGGGCAGCAGUGUGGUGACCCAUGGGCCACCCAUAGAGAGGGCUUCCUGCUACAACUCACCUUUGGGCUGCUGCUCGGAUGGCAAGACACCCUCACUGGACUCAGAGGGCUCCAACUGUCCUGCUACCAAGGCGUUCCAGGGUGUACUGGAGCUCGAGGGCGUUGAGGGGCAGGAGCUGUUCUACACUCCUGAGAUGGCUGACCCCAAGUCAGAGCUGUUUGGGGAAACAGCAAGGAGCAUUGAGAGUGCACUGGAUGACCUGUUCCGGAAUUCAGAUGUCAAGAAGGACUUCCGUAGUGUCCACCUGCGGGACCUGGGGCCUGGCAGAUCAGUCCGAGCCAUUGUGGAUGUACACUUUGACCCCACUACAGCCUUCAAGGCACCCGACGUGGGCCGGGCCCUGCUAAGGCAGAUCCAGGCAUCCAGGCGCCGGUCCUUGGUGGUGAGGAGGCCACUGCAGGAACAUGUGCGAUUCAUGGACUUCGACUGGUUUCCAGCUUUCUUCACGGGAGCUGCGACAGGAGCCACAGCUGCUGUGGCUACAGCCAGAGCCACCACUGUGGGCCGACUGCCCUCCUCUCCGCGGGUCUACCCCAGUCACACCAGCCGGGCCACUGGGAGGACCACAGCACCUCCCACUACACGUCGGCCGCUCACCACUGCCCCCAGCCGUGACUGGCCUCACCUCCCAGGCCCUCACAAGCCCCCAAAGUCCUGUGAUUCCCAGCCCUGCCUGCACGGGGGCACCUGCCAGGACCUGGACUCUGGUUUCACCUGCAGCUGUACCGCAGGCAGGGGCGGCACCAUCUGUGAGGAGGUGCUGCCGCCCUCUGUGCCAGCUUUCGAGGGCCACUCCUUCCUGGCCUUCCCCACCCUCCGCGCCUACCAUACGCUGCGUCUGGCCCUGGAGUUCCGAACGCUGGAGCCUCAGGGGCUGCUACUUUACAACGGCAAUGCACGUGGCAAAGACUUCCUGGCACUGGCUCUGCUGGGUGGGCAUGUGCAACUCAGGUUUGACACAGGCUCAGGGCCAGCAGUGCUAACCAGCUCAGUGCUAGUGGAGCCAGGCCGGUGGCACCGCCUAGAACUUUCGCGACAUUGGCGCCAGGGUACACUCUCUGUGGAUGGCGAGACCCCUGUUGUGGGUGAGAGCCCCAGUGGCACUGAUGGCCUCAACCUGGACACGGAUCUCUUUGUGGGUGGCGUCCCAGAGGACCAGGCUGCUGUGGUGCUUGAGCGGACCUCUGUGGGCGUUGGUUUGAGGGGUUGCAUUCGUCUGCUGGAUGUCAACAACCAGCAGCUGGAGCUUGGCAGCUGGCAGAGGACGGCAACCCAAAGCUCUGGAGUAGGAGAAUGUGGAGACCACCCCUGUCUGCCCAGCCCCUGUCGUGGAGGGGCCCUGUGCCAGGUGCUGGAUGCUGGCAUGUUCCACUGUCAGUGCCCACCUGGUCGCUUUGGCCCAACCUGUGCAGAUGAGAAGAGCCCCUGCCAGCCGAACCCCUGUCAUGGGGCAGCCCCCUGCCUUGUGCUGCCUGGUGGUGGGGUCAAGUGUGAGUGCCCCCUGGGACGUAGGGGUGCAUUCUGCCAGACAGUCAUGGAGACAGAUGCUGGCUCCCGGCCCUUCCUGGCUGACUUCAGCGGCUUUUCCUACCUGGAGCUGAAAGGCCUGCACACCUUUGAGCGAGACCUGGGGGAGAAGAUGGCCCUGCAGAUGGUAUUCUUGGCCCGAAGCCCCAGUGGCUUGCUCCUCUACAAUGGGCAAAAGACAGAUGGCAAGGGGGACUUUGUUUCACUGGCCUUGCAUGACCGGCACCUGGAAUUCCGCUACGAUCUUGGCAAGGGUGCUGCAGUCAUCAGGAGCAAGGAGCCUAUAGACUUGGGCACCUGGAUCAGAGUCUCCCUGGAACGAAAUGGCCGCAAGGGUGCUCUUCGCGUUGGCGAUGGGCCCCGCAUGCUGGGGGAGUCCCCGAAAUCCCGCAAGGUGCCACACACUAUGCUCAACCUCAAGGAGCCCCUCUAUAUUGGGGGGGCCCCUGACUUCAGCAAGCUGGCCCGGGCAGCCGCAGUAUCCUCUGGCUUUGAUGGUGCCAUUCAGCAGGUGUCUCUAAGAGGCCGCCAGCUGCUGACCCGGGAGCAUGUGCUACAGGCAGUAGACGUCUCACCUUUUACAGACCACCCUUGUACCCAGGCCUCGGGCCAUCCCUGCCUCAAUGGGGCCACAUGUCUCCCAAGGGAAGCUACCUACGAGUGUCUGUGUCCUGGCGGCUUCUCUGGACUGCACUGCGAGAAGGGACUGGUUGAGAAGUCAGCAGGGGACCUAGAAACACUGGCCUUUGAUGGGCGGACCUACAUCGAAUACCUCAAUGCCGUGACCGAGAGCGAGCUGACCAAUGAGAUCCCAGCCCCCGAAACUCUGGAUUCCGGGGCCCAUUUCAGUGAGAAGGCACUGCAGAGCAACCACUUUGAGUUGAGCCUGCGCACUGAGGCCACACAGGGACUGGUGCUGUGGAGCGGCAAGGCCACAGAGCGUGCAGACUACGUGGCCCUAGCCAUUGUAGAUGGACGCCUGCAGCUGAGCUAUGACCUGGGUUCCCAGCCAGUUGUGCUGCGCUCCACUGUGAGGGUCAACACCAACCGCUGGCUGCGGGUCCGGGCUCACAGGGAGCAGAGGGAAGGUUCCCUGCAAGUGGGCAAUGAGGCUCCUGUGACUGGUUCCUCUCCACUGGGAGCCACACAGUUGGACACAGAUGGAACCCUAUGGCUCGGGGGCCUGCAGAAGCUGCCUGUGGGCCAGGCCCUACCCAAGGCCUAUGGCACGGGAUUUGUGGGCUGCUUGCGAGAUGUGGUGGUGGGCCGCCGACGGCUGCAUCUACUGGAGGAUGCUGUCACCAAGCCAGAGCUAAGGCCCUGCCCUUCUCCCUGAGCUGCCACCAGAGUCCUCACCUUCCUGUUGUAAUUAUUUUCUAUUUUUGUAAACUUGUUGCUUUUUGAUAUGAUUUUCUUGCCUGUGUGUUGGCCAGAGGGACUGCUGGCCUGGCCUCCCUUCCGUCCAGGCAGCUAUGCUACAGAGACAAACUGGUGCCAAGGGACUCUUAAGGGGUAAUGUGGCAGCCUGGAGCCCUGGGCUCUGAAGGCAGUCUCAGGACACACCCCUCUGCCUAAGGAUGCCACAUCACAGCCCCUUGCACUGUGCAGUCCUGCCUGUCCACCUGUUUUCGUCCUUUGUGUCCCCUGGCCCUUUGGCAGGCCCUGCUUCCCCAGGUCACUGUGCUCUAUUGGAUAGGGCUGCUGGGUUUUGAUGGGGCCCUUCAAGCAAGCCCCAGAGGGCCUUUGUAGGUUCCCAUUUAAGCUGCUCUUCCCUCAUGUGCUGUGGGCUAGCCUCAUCCUAGGCUAGCCUGAACCCCUGAUAUUCCCUGUGCCAAUACUGUGACUUAGAAACAAUGUUACUAUUGGAGCUGUACUCCACUUCCCCCAAUGUAUCUGCCAGUCCCAAACGGCUGGCUAGUGGACAGAAGCCAGGUCCUGUCUAGGUUGAUCUGAUUGGCACUCUGUUGGCCCUGCCCAGUUCCCCUGGACAGAGCCAUCCCCCUUUGCCACUCCAGGUCACUAAGAGGGAGUGGGCCACUGUGUGAUGUGGCUGACCUCCAUUGCUUGCCUGUCUGAGCAGCCUUCCUUCAAAGGAUGCGUGUUCAGGCCUGACUCCCAGUUCUUUAAGCAUUGAUUUUAUUUGAUGUCUGAUGUGUGGACUUUUUGUUCCUGUCCUGGCCCCAGAGCAGCUUAAGGCUGCCUCACAGUAGCCCUCCACUGGGCCAGUGUGAAGAGUGGUCAGACUUGCCUGAGUGACCAGGGAUGGGUCCAGUGUCUGGCCAAAGGAAGGUGCAGAAGAGGCAAAAAUGGCUGUGGAGCCAGAUCUGCCUUAAACUGCAAUGUCUGCUGUCCGUACCCCCACUCCUUGCCCUCAGUGUCCAGCAUAAGUUAUCUUGGGAGCAAGAUCAAAUAAAGCUGGGGGGAGGGGCAGCCUGACCUUUGCCUUGCUGGGGUGGGCCUAGGCUGGAGGGAGCUGCAUGGUGUCAUGUUACUAACUCCAGUAUAUGUCCAUGUCAAACACGGUGAAAUAAAACCGGAAAACUUGAA